CUAAAUAAAUUACCAAACGGGCUUUAAACAGCUUUAAUGAGGUGUCACCCCGAGAAACUGAAUCUUAGAAGUUGAGUUGAGGCCUGCGUCUGAGAGCUGGCAAUCCGCGGAGAUGAUGAUCGGAGACGGGAUCGAAGAUGAAGAGAAAUGGCUCGCAGAAGGCAUCGCAGGAAUUCAGCAAAACGCCUUCUACUUGCAUCGAGCUAUGGAUUCGAAUAAUCUCAGAGAAGCUCUCAAGUACUCUGCUCAAUUGUUGUCCGAGCUGCGAACUUCGAGACUUCCGCCGCAUAAAUACUACGUGCUCUACAUGCGAGCAUUCGAUGAGUUAAGGAAGCUGGAGCUGUUCUUUAAGGAUGAGGAUCGCCAUGGAUGUUCAAUUGUUGACCUAUACGAACUUGUCCAACACGCUGGCAAUGUUCUACCUCGACUGUAUCUCCUAUGUACUGUUGGCUCAGUGUACAUCAAAUCAAAGGAGGCUCCUGCAAAGAAUAUACUGAAAGACCUUGUUGAAAUGUGUCGUGCCGUUCAACAUCCUAUACGUGGACUUUUUCUGAGGAGCUAUCUUGCUCAAAUUAGCAGGGAUAAGUUGCCAGACAUUGGUUCGGAGUAUGAAAGGUAAAAGUUCUGCCUUUCUCCAAUUUUUGUGCACCUGGCAGAAUAUGAAUGCCCUUUGUAGUGCAUAAAUUAGGAGCUAUGAU